UUACACACGAGACAGCGGCGCACUGCUGUAACAUAAAUAAAGUUAGCAGAGUGACUAUUUAACGGCAUUAAAGCGUUAAAUAUGUCUAUGUUCUCUAUCUGAACGCUGCUUAAAGGAGCUAGUGGGUCCUGCUGUUAGUGGACAGACCUGACUCUUCUAUUAGCUCAAAGUUAGACGCAGGUUUUUGGUUCUGCUCAACUCAAAGCUGUCUCUGGAUUCAGUAGUAACUAACGUCCGACCGCUGUUCGAGCCCGUUCAGCCGUCGUAACGAUGUGCCAGGUGGAGGAAGACUACCACGAGCCGCUGCAGCGCGCGGAGGUGCCCAGUGUUUCCAAGAAAUGUGUGAAAUGCAAAGAGGCGACUGCAGCCGUGGUCAUCCGAGCAGGAGAUACGUUCUGCAGGGGCUGUUUCAAGGAAUACUUCAUCCAUAAGUUCAGAGCCAUGCUGGGUAAAAACCGAGUCAUUUUCCCUGGAGAGAAGGUGCUGGUGGCUGUAUCUGGAGGUCCUUCUUCCUGCUCAAUGCUCAGUCAAGUCCAGGAGGGUUUGAAUCAGAAUGCUCACAAGAAGCUGAGAUUCUUACCUGGCAUCGUCUUCAUUGACGAGGGUGGUGCUGUAGGUCAGUCUGUGGAGGACAGACGGAGGACGGCAGCUGAGCUGCAGGCUGUGUUCAAAGCUACUGGUUUCCCCUUCCUCAUGGUGCCUCUGGAACAGGUCCUGGACCUUCCCAGUUCAGUCGUGGCGACGGCCCCGUCGCCUUCUGAGCCAUCAGCCGGCGCCUACAAAGCAGCGGUGGGAAACUUCAUUCAGAGUGACGGCACAGGCAGUCCGACACCACGGGAACAUGAGGAAACCGCUCUACCUGACGUUCAGGAGUCCCGCACGCAUUUACUGCAGCAGCUGAUUGGCUCUGCUAAGACGCAGACGGCCAGAGAAGACCUGCUCAACACGUUAAGGCAGCAUCUGCUGGUGCACACGGCUCGCACUGAAGGCUACAGUAAAGUGAUGUUGGGGGACAACUGCACCAGACUGGCCGUCAAACUGCUCACCAGCAUAUCACUGGGCAGAGGAGCCCAGCUGGCUCAGGACACGGGCUUCUCAGACUCCAGGUAUGGGGACAUCAUAUUAGUGAGGCCAAUGAGGGACUACUCGGCUAAAGAAAUAGCUUACUACAACCGCAUGUUCGCCGUGCCCUCUGUUUUCAUACCAGGCCUGGACACUAAGACAACAGACAAGUCCAGCAUCCAGCGUUUGACAGAGAGCUUCGUCACCAAACUGCAGGCAGACUUCCCCUCUACUGUCAGCACCAUCUACAGGACCAGUGAGAAGCUGCAGACAGCAUGUAGGAGCUCCUCCACAGCCGACCCCUGUGACAGAUGUCUGCUCUGUAUGUGCGCCCUGGACACGGCUGGUGAGAAUGCUUCAGCCUUCAAGGCCACGCUGAUCUCAGAGCAGCUCUCCCAGACUAAAUCUCCAGGAGAAACCAGUGCUGUAAUCCCAAGACAAAACUCAGCUCCGACCGAGCCAGAAUCAACUGCUGCCACUGGACAGUGCUGCUCCUCUGGUGGAGGAGAGGAUUGUGGGAAAGCAGCAAGCGGUGAAAGCUGCUGUUCAUCUGCCAAGUCACCAGACAGCCCCGACCUGAGGAGCCUGUUGUGUUACAGCUGUCAGCUGACCAUCAAAGACAUGUCAUCGAUGGAAAGUCUCCCCCACUACAUCCUGUCUGAGGCUCACAGGAGGCAGAGGAGGUCUCACAUGAGAGAGGAGAUUAGUGAGUUCCUGCUGGAUGAAGGUGACGAAGGCGAUUAGAAGAAAUGAAGCUACAACAGUCCUCUCUGAAGAAAAGUACAACACAACUAUACUCAAUUCAACCUGCAGCUGGUGGAGGCCUGGGAGAUAUCAAUGCUUAACAAAUAUAUUGAUCUAUAUGUCCUGUAGGCCGCAUUUCUUCUAAGAUGGCCUAUUUCAAAUAAACACUCAAUCUGGUGAAUUGAAACCCAGCACACAUUCUAUUAGAUUAUUUACUGUUACUGCAUUCCAGAAACCAAACAUAAUAAAGUUUCUAUUUUACUGCUUUCCAUGCAGUCCUCCACAUUUGUUCAUUCAUUCAUUCAUUCAUUUUUGCUCUGGAGCAGGUUAGGUGUUCAGCUCAAGUCACCAUGGCGAUAUAUCGUGGUAAGAAAUCAACCUCAGGUUUCAACCCUGAAGUUACCUCGCUAACCCCAUAUCCUACUUCGUAGUACAGGCCUCAGGUCUAAAGAUGAGGGCAGUCACAGAUCUCCCGGUACUGGAUUCUUCUGAAGUCUUAUCUAAUUUUAGAUAAAACAAAGGGAUGCUUCAAUAAUUGUAAUUCAGUAAUGUCGUUAUCUGAAAUGGACGUUGUUUUAAAUUUUGAAUUGUCACCCGUCUUUGAAUUUUGUGUUUUCCUUAACAUUAAUAAACACAU